UCAAAUCAAGUCUCUAAAAUGGAAGAAGCCAAAAGCCUAAGUGUGGAGGAAGACUUUGAAGGACAGGCCACACAUACAGGACCCAAAGGAGUAAUAAAUGAUUGGAGAAAGUUCAAAUUAGAGAGCGAAGAUAAUGAUUCAAUCCCACCUGGCAAGAAGGAGAUUCUCAGGCAAAUGUCUUCUCCUCAGAGUAAAGAUAACAAAGAAUCAAAAGAAAGAGUCAGCAGAAAGAUGAGCAUUCAAGAAUAUGAACUAAUUCAUCAAGACAAAGAAGAUGAAAACUGUCUUCGUAAAUACCGUAGACAGUGCAUGCAGGAUAUGCACCAGAAGCUGAGUUUUGGGCCUAGAUAUGGGUUUGUGUAUGAGCUGGAAACUGGGGAGCAAUUCCUGGAAACAAUUGAAAAGGAACAGAAGAUUAUCACAAUCGUUGUUCACAUUUAUGAAGAUGACAUUAAGGGUUGCAAUGCUCUAAACAGUAGUUUAACAUGCCUUGCAGCAGAAUACCCUAUGGUUAAAUUUUGUAAAAUAAAAGCUUCUAAUACAGGUGCUGGGGACCGCUUUUCCUCAGAUGUACUCCCCACGUUGCUCGUCUACAAAGGUGGGGAACUCAUAAGCAAUUUUAUUAGUGUUACUGAACAGUUUGCUGAAGAAUUUUUUGCUGGGGAUGUGGAGUCUUUCCUAAAUGAAUAUGGGUUACUACCUGAAAGAGAGAUUCAUGCCAUAGAGCAGACCAACAUGGAAGAAGAAGAUAUUGAAUAA